AUGGUGGCACAUAAGAAGAUGGAUCCAUCGGUUUCGUCUUCCCGUAAGCAUGGUCUGUACCAUUUUCUGCAAUCUGACGAUCAGUGUUUUAUUGGUUCUUCGAUCGGCAUCUCCCCUGAAGAAAUAGGAACGCUAGAGCAAACGGAGAUGGAGCAAAUUUCUUCUGAUCUACAGUCGUUGAAGACGCUCUAUGGGCUGCUACACAAAGGUCCGGCGGAUGAAAAUUUAGAUGAAACAUCAAGAGCCUUUCUGAUGAGGAUGUUAGAUGAUGCUACUCAGCAGACUCUCCUCAAGCAGGCAAAGAUGCUGUCAGGUUCCGCAAUGUCUCCUGCGCUGGAGAGGAAGCUCUCGGUGCAGCCUGAUCGCCGGAGGCGCGACGACGCCAUGCCGUGCCUGAAGCCGAUAGCCUCAUUCAGCCCCAGCGUCCAUGCCAGCGAGAGAUCAAGCCGGCCGAGGGCGCAAGGCACCGUGAGAAGCCGAGACAGCCGCCAUGUCCAAGGCGAUCGUUUCCUUGCUCGCGUGGCCUCCAACCUCUCGUCAAGAACCGCCGUGCCGCCGCGCCGUCCGGAUCAACGCAUUUCCCGCCUCGCCUCGCCUCGUUCUUCGUUCAGGCCCGUGACGCCGCAGCACGGCACGGUGGCCGGUGGGACGCCGCGCUCCGACAGGAGGGGUAAUGAGAACGGCCCGCGCCGCGGCUCCAGCGGUGGUGAUCAGUCGUCGACGGAGCGCGGCAGCAGCAGGCGCGGCUCCGUCUACCGCGAGCCGUCGGCUGUACAGAAACUGCAUCGCGGCGGCUCGGCGGCGGCAUGGCCACAUGGAGCGGAGGGCUCCUCGACGCGCCAUCUCGGGAGGACGGACUCCGGCUUGUCCGUGAGCGUGCGGCCGCGCCGUGCCUCUCAGCGAGCCGCGCGGUGCGCGGCGGCGCCGAAGCUGACCUCGUCGAGCAACGCGGCUGCCACGAUACGCAGCCGCAUCGGGCCGAACCGGUACACCAUGGAGCGCUCCCUACAUCGAGCUGGUGAAGUUGAAGAAGAGAGCCUGCGGCGGCGACGGGGGAAGGAAGUCGCCGAUGAUGCCAGCGUCAACAUGGGCAGAUCAAGCCGGCCGCCGCGGCGAACGCUGAAUAAGAUCAACUCCGGCAGCACGUACAGCAGCGGCGGCUCAUCACGUGCCGCUGCCUCGUUCGCCUCCUGGAGCCCCACAGAGGCGUCAUCGUCGGGAGCUUCAGCUUCCGCCCCGUCGUGGGUGUCAUCGAGGCCGAGAGGCCAUGCGCCGCCGCAGCACGCAUUUGAUAUAGGCGCGUCGACGAGCCGCCAUCGCCGCCGCCGGGAACGCCAGGAGAGGAGGGUGGGGCGGCUGAGGUGGGUCAAGAACAAGCUCGCCCUGGUGUUCCAUCACCGCCAUGAUCACCACCACCACCACUUCGGGCCCUCGGGCAACCAGAACCAGGAGGGGCUCCUGGCCAGUCGUGGCCACCACCACAUGUCGCCGUGGGGGUUUCUCGGGGGCGUCUUCCACCGUGCGAAGAAGACUGUGCAGGCAAAGCGGCGUGGCGGCGCGCUGUUCAACGCACCGCCGGCGUACGUAUGGGACACACGGAGGCCGCCGGCCGGCGGUGCGAUGUGGCGUAUGGGCAGCCGGCUGAAGGUCAAGAAGCUGAAUUGGUUGCAGCGGAUGAAUCCACGGCGCCGCCGCCGUUCAGGAUAUGGAAAAGCAGUGUAGUCGCAUACGUGAUAUACGUUCAAAUAGGCAUAACAUGUGUGUUGUAAUUUGUUUCACCAGAUGUUCAUGCCAAUAAAAGGUUUCGGGGUAUGUUAAUACUCCGUAGAAAAAUGUCGUUGGAUACAUAAAUAUGUUGUUCUAUGAAAUAUAGAUGAUGCAAGGAGUA